CAAGAUCACCUCCCGCAUCCAGAAGCUCUGCUACGGCCUCAACCUGGACUUCGUGGACCCCGCUCAAAUCACCAUGAAGGUGAUCCAGGGUCUCUACAGCGGGGUAACAACCGUAGAACUGGACACGCUGGCUGCAGAGACCGCAGCCACUCUCACAACCAAGUACCCCGACUACGCCAUUCUAGCCGCGAGAAUCGCUGUCUCCAACCUGCACAAAGAAACAAAGAAGGUCUUCAGUGAUGUGAUGGAAGACCUCUACAACUACGUGAAUCCCCACAAUGGCAGGCAUUCUCCGAUGAUCUCCAAAGAAACACUCGACAUUGUACAGGCCAACAAAGAUCGACUAAACUCUGCGAUAAUUUACGAUCGGGAUUUUGCUUACAAUUACUUUGGCUUUAAGACUCUGGAGCGCUCCUAUCUUCUGAAAAUCAAUUCUAAAGUGGCUGAACGUCCCCAGCACAUGCUGAUGAGGGUGUCUGUGGGAAUCCACAAGAGCGACAUUGAGGCAGCCAUUGAAACCUACAACCUUCUUUCCGAGAAAUGGUUCACCCACGCCUCUCCUACGCUCUUCAACGCUGGGACCAACCGCCCUCAGCUCUCCAGCUGUUUUCUGCUGUGCAUGAAGGACGACAGCAUUGAAGGGAUCUACGACACCCUGAAGCACUGUGCGCUCAUCUCGAAGUCUGCCGGUGGAAUUGGAGUUGCUGUGAGCUGCAUCCGAGCCACUGGGAGCUACAUUGCUGGGACAAAUGGGAACUCCAAUGGGUUGGUCCCAAUGCUGAGAGUCUACAACAACACGGCUCGCUACGUGGACCAGGGGGGGAACAAGAGACCUGGAGCCUUUGCCAUCUACCUGGAACCAUGGCACUUUGAUGUCUUUGAGUUUCUCGACUUGAAGAAAAACACUGGGAAGGAGGAGCAGAGGGCUCGGGACCUUUUCUAUGCUCUCUGGAUCCCAGAUCUCUUUAUGAAACGUGUGGAGACCAACCAGGACUGGUCCCUGAUGUGUCCAAACGAAUGCCCAGGUCUUGAUGAGGUCUGGGGAGAAGAUUUCGAGAGGCUCUACGAGAGCUAUGAGAAGCAAGGGCGCGUCCGCAAAGUGGUGAAGGCUCAGCAGCUGUGGUACGCCAUCAUUGAGUCGCAGACGGAGACGGGAACGCCGUACAUGCUUUAUAAGGAUUCUUGCAACCGGAAGAGCAAUCAGCAGAACCUCGGAACCAUCAAGUGUAGCAACCUGUGCACCGAAAUUGUGGAGUUCACCAGCAAGGAUGAGGUUGCAGUCUGCAACUUGGCCUCCAUAGCCCUGAACAUGUACGUCACGCCAGAGCACACGUACGAUUUCAAGAAGCUGGCCGAGGUCACCAGAGUCAUUGUCCGGAACCUGAACAAGAUAAUCGACAUCAACCACUACCCAGUGGUGGAGGCCGAGAACUCGAACAUGCGCCAUCGCCCCAUUGGCAUUGGGGUGCAAGGUCUGGCUGACGCCUUCAUCCUCAUGAGGUUCCCCUUCGAGAGUCCCGAGGCCCAGCUGCUCAACCAGCAGAUCUUUGAGACCAUCUACUACGCGGCCCUGGAGGCCAGUUGCGAGCUCGCCCAAAGACACGGGCCGUACGACACCUACGAGGGCAGCCCGGUCAGCAGAGGAAUCCUUCAGUACGACAUGUGGAAUGUGACUCCCACGGACCUUUGGGACUGGAGUGCUUUGAAGGCAAAAAUCGCACAGUACGGGGUCAGGAACAGCCUCCUCGUGGCCCCGAUGCCAACAGCUUCCACGGCUCAGAUUUUGGGCAACAAUGAGUCUGUGGAGCCCUACACCAGCAACAUCUACACCCGCCGGGUUCUCUCUGGGGAGUUUCAGAUCGUGAACCCCCACUUGUUGAAAGACCUGACUGAGAGGGGCCUGUGGAAUGAGGAGAUGAAAAACCAGAUCAUUGCCUUCAGUGGCUCCAUCCAGAACAUCCCGGAGAUUCCCGAGGACUUGAAGCAGCUCUACAAGACCGUGUGGGAGAUCUCGCAGAAAACCAUCCUGAAGAUGGCGGCCGACCGGGGGGCUUUCAUUGACCAGAGUCAGUCUCUGAACAUCCACAUUGCGGAGCCCAACUACGGGAAGCUGACCAGCAUGCACUUCUACGGCUGGAAGCAGGGCCUGAAGACGGGGAUGUACUACCUGAGGACCAGGCCAGCAGCCAACCCCAUUCAGUUCACCCUGAACAAGGAGAAGCUGAAGGAGAAGAGCUCCCAGGAGGAGGAGAAGGAAAGGAACAAGGCAGCCAUGGUGUGCUCCUUGGAGAACCGGGACGAGUGCCUGAUGUGUGGAUCCUAAGGAGCCGCUGGGCCGCCCGCUGCCCCCAGCUAGGCCAUCUUUGGAGAAGGAUUCAAUGAUGACAGAUAGAACCAUUUCUCCCUCCCUCGUUAUAAAGCCUGUAAAAACUUUGCUCGGUGAAGAUCCCCACUGUGUUGUCAGGGCCACUUGGGCUGGGCUGUUUUUACUAAACAAAAGUAUGCUUCUUGACUUCACUGUUUAGUUUUCUAACGACGACUCUGGCUUCCUUUUUGACUAUUUAUUGUAUUCAGGUGCUCUGCAUGUAGACUUGAAUCCUUUAUGCUUAUCUGGUGCAUCAAUAAAGACUGAGUCUAAAGUUG